AUGGGUGUCCUGCUUCUAAAUAUCGGCUGGCCUGGGUGGGGUAAAAUUUACACAGAACUAUUAUUUUCAACAUUGACUUGGUGAAUGCCCAGGAUAAUGCUGUACACUAUUUGUGCGAGACACCAGCCUCGUCCCUGGCGCUUUGAUGUGCUUACUGGUUGUGUGACGCACGCGCGGGAAUCGAGGUGCGUAUCAAAGCGCCGGGGACGAGGCUGGCGAGACACUAUCUGUAUUAUUACAUCCGUAGGUAAGGCAUUUUGCAGCAAUGUGGACUACAGUAUACAUGUCAUAUAUUUCAGGUGCUAUUUAAGCUACAAACAAAUGGUAUGGGUAAGUCAGGGUAACUUGGUGGAAAUGGCAAAAAUUUUAACACAUCUAAAAUUAACCAAGGAAAAGUUUACUGAUAUGUGUAUUGCAGCUGGUUGUGACUACAUAGAAAAUAUCCGAGGUAUUGGCAUAAAUAAGGCUAAGAAAAUUGCUUGUGAGAACAAAAAUUAUUUAAACGUGUUCCAGUCAUUGCCAUUUGCUCCAACUGACUAGAAGAAACGGUUCCAACAAGCACAAAUGGUUUUUCACCACCAGACAGUCAUUGAUCCUGUCAAAUAUGAAACAGUCCCAUUAAGUCUGUUCUUCGGUUGUCCAACAGUCUGCCAUUGUGUAUUGUGUAUUGUGUAUUGUGUCUUGCUCAUUUUGACACAAUUAUUUUUUCCAUUUGAAAUUUUUUUUUGCUUCUCUUUUGCGUUUAUUAUUUCGUUGCCGCUUUGUUUUUUGUUUGCCUGGCGUAUGGGACUCUGGGAUGCACGAACGCUUCCCCAAAAUAGCGGGAGAACAUGAACUCUGGACAAGAAGACCUGAAAUUAGCAAAGGAAAUAUCAUGAGAUAAAAGACCAAAAAAUAUAUAAUAUUGAGGGGCGCUAAGGGGCGCUAUUAAAUAUGGUCACAAAUAAUGGUCAUAGAUUAUGCCAAUUGCAAUUUUAAAUGUGAUGUGUGAACGGUUAAGCUGUGACAUGUAAAAGUAAAUGGACCAGUGUAUUUGGGAAAAACACACGAGUUUACAAUCAAAUGAUAUUUUUUAUCGAAUUCCAAAAAUUAUCGAUUUGAAAAGUAACACGGCAUAACAAUAUUACAUGUAACUUCCUUUUUAAUAAAAAACAAAAAGUUUAAACUUUAAAACGUGGCAGAAAAUAGAGCGCCAACAUACCUUUAAUCGUGCUAGAAAUCCGCCAUCUUUAAGAAAAUAUCCAAAAUAAUGCAUUGCGGUCGCAGUGCGCACACCGCCUGGUUAUAAAUAUUGUAGUCGCAUUCCUGAAUGUUUUGACCAAGGCGCUUAUAUAUCAAAUAUAUAAGCGCCCUGGUUUUGACGUGAAAACAAUGACACGUUUUAAAAAGAAAAGUAUCACAAUAUUUGCAGAAUUGGUAAUAUUUCUAUUAUUUUUCAAGCGUUCUCAAUUACAUGGUAGGAUCAAGUGUACGCUAACUGAAACAUUGUACUGUACAGGUUAUAUUGGGUGUGUAAGCGAAUCAAGCGAAUUGAGUUCUGAUGAUGAAGCUAAUGAAGUGCUUGGAUGCAAAAAUGGCUAUGACUCUGAAAAUGACUAUGAAUCUGAGAAUGACCUGGUGUAUGAAAAUGAAUCCCCGUAUGACACUGAGGAUGAUUCACAGUCACAAUCAAGUACUGAAUUUGAUAUCAAUUCUGACAGUGAGGAACAUUACAAGAGGUAAUAGUUGUUUGGAAGUUAGCUUCAUCCCACCAAAAUUUCUAAUGAACCAUUAAAAAAAGCAUCCAUACCUCCCACACAGAUGAAAUUGGAAGUUAACCCACCCCCUUGGAUAUCCUAAUACACAUUACUAUCCCCCCACCGGACAGCAGAAAUUUCCUCUGUGGGGAGAGUGUGGAUCUUUUAUGUAAUGUCCCAAUUGUAAUUUUUGGCAAUCAGUCACAGUAAUGAGGUUUUCCAACCAAGGGGGGGGGGAACAAAUAUAAAUUAGGGGGGGCAGCAUGUCAAAUUUAAUAGUGGUUAACUUGACAUUUCAUUCUUUCCCAGGUGGGUAAUUUUGCCAGGAUGGGACCUGCCCCCUCCCACUCCUGUGUGACACUACAUCACUGAUCAGUCUGUAAUUGAUCAGUUCGUGUUGAGCUUACUGAAUUGUUUUAUUAUAGGGUGUUUGCAACAGACAACAAUUUAAGAUCAGAGCCAAAGUUUAUUGUGUUUUUUACACAAUUAUUUUUAAAUUUUGUCCCAAUUGCAAAGCAGAAAAUCCUGAUGUUGAGGUUCACCAAAAUGGUACUAUGGCCAAAGUUAAAUGUACCUGUACCAACCCUAAGUGUAACAAUAAGAAUUUCACGUGGACCAGUCAACCCCUUAUUCCUGGAACAAGAUUACGAGCUGGAAAUUUCCUGCUGUCUUUUGCAAUUAUUGUUGCUGGAGCAUCUGCAACCAAAAUCUUAAGAGUCUUACAACACAUGGGAGUAGCUCGUAUUUCACUAUCUACAUUUUUCAGUCACCAACGUGUAAGUGAAAUUUUUAACAAUAUUGCUUGUGUGUCAAUUAAUUACUGUCAGAUGGUUAGUUAAAUACAACCAUUUUUAAUUGCCAAUAGGAACUUCAGAUAAUGCUGGAUGUGAUGGUACUGACCUGAAUACACAUUUCCAGAAAGUACCGUAUGGUACAUUGGUUAUUUAUUCUCAGAUUCAUGAUUGAUAUCAUAUAUAUUUUAUCUUUCUACUUAAUUGUGACAUAAUUGUAUGAAUUAGGUCUUUUACAUUAAAUAUAUAAUUUAUUAUCCAGGCACAUGAUUUCAUAAGCAUGUCACAAAUAGCUGAGAUAAACGGUUUUAGGCCAACUGGCGUAGCCAAGGUCUGUACUCCCAUACACUCCGGGCAGAAAACGAGGGGGGGGGGGUGCAAAGUGUAGAAUAACAAUAAAAAUAUUUUUUCCUUGGUUAUUAUUUUCUGUCAGCACAUGUUUCAGAAUGUGUGAAAUGCUGUUUUAUGGACCCUAGUAAUUCAAAAUUUCAACAGGGGAACAAUGUCCCUUGUUGCAUCAUAUUUUCCUGUUAUCAUUCUAUGUCUGUUUUGCCCCUUCCCCCCCAAAGUCAACAACCUGGCAACGCCACUGUUUGGGCAGAGAUCUGAGAUCUUGUCUCUCAGAUCUCUGCCUAUUAAACAGUGGCGUAGCCAGGGUUGACUUUACAAUUAGUUUAUGGAAGCAUGCACUGAGUGUGAUUCACAACCUGUAAUCCCCCUAGCUGUUGUCUGUUGAAUUUAUCAGUGUUGAAACUAGCUUGGAAACUAGCCAGUUUAGUUGAGGAAACUAAAUGACAAAUAGAUAGCAGUGUAUAUUUUGAUUGAUUGUUAAAUAGUAGAAGUAAUUUAUAUUAUUCUCAUUCUAGGAAAAAUUGUUUCCUGCAAUCCUACUACACUGGAAGAAAUACCAAUCAUGUAUGAUUGAACAAUUGAAGUCUUCUGGGAAACAACUUGUUAUUGCUGGUGAUGGGAGACAUGAUUCAAUGGGGCACAGUGCAAAAUACUGUGCAUACUCAGUGUUUUGUUGCACUGUUCCCAACAUUAUUGAUUUUUCUAUUGUGCAG